AUGUUAGUCGCGUCGCUUAACAGUCUCUCGCCGCGUCUGCGGUUCCAAUUUAGCAAACCGAAGAUCGAGAAUGUGGCCUUCAGGCUGCAUUACCAGCUGACUGUGACGAUUUUGCUGGCUUUAGUGAUCCUGGUCUGCGCUAGAGAGUAUUUCGGGGAUCACAUCAAAUGUCUUUCGGAUCAGGGUGUGCCCGACCAUGUCAUUCAGACGUACUGCUUCUUCAUGGCCACUUUUACUAUAGUUCGUCAUUACAAUGAGAGUCUACUUCAAGGAGAGUUCCUGCCUCAUCCCGGAGUAGGGCCCAUCCUUGCCACAGACGAGACCAUCCACCAUACGUAUUACCAGUGGGUACCUUUCGUACUCUUCAUCCAGUCGAUAUGCUUCUACCUGCCUCAUUACAUAUGGAAGACAAAAGAAGGUGGCAGGAUAAAGGCCCUGGUUGACGGACUCCAGUACGCUGGACUGGCGCUCCACGACGACGACAUCACCGUCAACGGCACCACAGUACCUUCAAAGAAGACCCUCGAGAACAAAUUGGAUUCAAUUAGGAAGGACAUCAUAUUAAGGUUGAAGAUAUCGAGGACGUGGUCGACUUGGCUCGUCUCCAUGGAGGUCGCGAAUCUGCUGCACGUCAUGUUCCAGGUGUGGGUGAUCAACAAGUUCCUAAACGGGGCGUUCAUGUCACUAGGCCCCAGAGUCCUCGAAACGAAAGACUGGAGCCACAUAGUCGAUCCGCUGGAGCUUGUGUUUCCGAAGGUAACGAAGUGCAUCUUCCACAAGUACGGUCCGAGUGGCUCAAUCCAGCAACACGACGCGCUCUGCGUAAUGGCCCUCAAUAUAAUCCACGAGAAGAUCUACACAGUGCUUUGGUUCUGGCUACUUUUCCUUUUCAUCGUCUCCUUAUUGGCUGUGAUAUGGCGGGUAAUUUCGUUUUUCCUGUACCGCCGGUCGCUGCGGUUCAACGAGAUGAUGUUCCGUCACGUGAGCAACGCCAAGUUCAACCCGUACAACGUCAUCAGGGUGGUCAACGGCUGCGAGUUCGCCGAUUGGCUCUUCCUCUAUUACCUAGCGAAGAAUAUGCAAGGCUUUGUAUUCCAGGCACUAUUUGUGCGAUUAGCGGAGGAGUUGGAGAAAAGAGAACUGCCUUACGAUGACCAAGGCACGGAGGAGAAGGGAGCUGAACCAAUAUUAGUCGGAAAAGUAGAUAUUGACGACGAAACUAUGCCGUUAAAAAGAGAUAAGAAAUCAUCGUGAUGAAAUUACGGAGGACGGAAGUAAUAUGGAUAUUCCUAUUAUAUAUUACUACCAACGCUACUAUUCUUAUUCCAAAAUACUUAUACAGCGACAUUUGACCAGUGU